CAUCCAUCCCCCAUUUUUUGAGUUGUUUCCAUUUACUUGCUCACUAGACAAGAGCCACGCCAUUGAAUUCAACCACUUGAAGAAAAAUCAUCAAAUCCUCAAUCCUCGUAGCUUUCCCCACCUAUCUAAAUCAACAAGGGAAGGAAGGAUGCAGCAUGGAGAAGAUGGCUACUAUGGAGACGGGGCAGCAUCAGCAGUAGCAGGCCCUCUUAGCAUGCAUGAACUCAGGAGCUAUAGCACUUCUUAUACAUCCUAUAUCCAGCCUCCUCCUCCUCCUCAGCCCCCAGCCUACGCGCAGGAUUUAACUAAGGACGGGAAGAUGAAGAAAAGCAAGAGCAGGGUUGCUUCCAGUUCAAAAAGUUGGAGCUUUAGUGAUCCCGAGUUGCAGAGGAAGAAGAGAGUUGUCAGCUAUAAGGCCUAUGCUGUUGAAGGCAAAAUGAAGGGUUCUUUCAGGAAAAGUUUCAGAUGGAUCAAGGAUGUUGUUCAUGGAUUGUGGUGAUUCAUUCAUUUAUCUUGGCAUUGAUUUUGUCUGUUUUAUCACCCAAGGAAGAACCGCAAUGAAAAAAAAGAAAAGAAAAGCAAAAAAGAGAUUGUUUUGAUCUUGUUUCCAAUCAUCUUUUUAAUUCUUAAUUAUCUUUUGUUUUUUUUCAUUAUUGUCGUAUAGUAAUGUCUUAGCAUCUGGAAGGAAAAGAUUGAGGAAAAAAAAGAUGUCGUUACAUAAUUGGUCUUGUCCUGUGAAGUUGUCCCCAUGGGCCAUGACCGAGUCUCUCUCCUUCAUAAACAUGAAUACAUUUACUUACUUGAGAAUUA